AUGGCUCCUGAGAAAGACGAUUUAGAAGGUUUUCAGUGACCUGGGAAUUUGGUGUUACAAGAAACUAGGUCGCGGCGCGUGUUGCAUCAAGGUUGGAAAUGGGCCUUUAACCCUUCCUUGUUACAUUAUUAUGCACCCUCUAGACUUUUACAAGGGGUUGUGUUUUAGAACUAGGGGGAACGUAUGAGCCAUAAAAUAAAUAGGGAUUAAGAUUUUGAUUUGAUUUACAUUUUUAGACAAACCCGAAGGUGCAACACUCAGUACCAAUGCUUCACAAAAUACCGUCACUGAAGGAGACACAGUUACAUUCAAGUGCAAAGUUAUGGCUGCUGUGCCUCAAGUGUCAGUUUACAAGUUCUAUUUCAAUGCCGGCCUCCUAAGUGGGAACAGCAACAGUGAGUAUACCUUAAACAACGUCAAUCUAUCUCAGCACUAUGGCGACUACCACUGUGUCCCACACAAUGACGCUGGAGAUGGAGCAGAAGCAACUGUGAGACUUAACAUAAAUGGUGGGUAGAAACAGCGCUGAGAAUUUUUGAGUACUAUGACAGAUGUUUUUUGACUUUACAAACAUCUUUGCGUUGCUCUCCAGCUGAAGAGGCAUUUUCCUCGCAAGCAUUACUCAGCUUGCUACAUAAUGCUCUUUCCAAGGCACUUGGAAAAAUGCUGGUGAAGGAUGCCUAUCUUGAAAAAUUUAACCAGUGCUUAAUAAUAGAUGGGUACCUAAUAGCAAAAGUUGUGCCUGAUGAUAAUGAACUGGUGCUUAAUAAUGAUGGACUUGUGCUUAAUAACGUUGGACAGGUGCCUAAUAAUCACGAACUUGUGCCUAACAAUGAUGAACAGGUGCCUAAUGAUAAAAACCAAUACCUAAUUAUGAAUUACAAUGAUUCAUAUGGGUAUAAUAGAAACAAAGCAAUGAUUUGGUUGAAAUGGCAUCCCAUAGUUACCCUAGAUUGUUUUCAGGCAUAAGAAGUUUGUAAGUUUGUGUAGCUUUUUAGGAGCCUUAAUAAGGUUGUACAUCCAUUUGCGUAGCAAUUUAGCUUUAAGUUUGAGAUUAACCCUUGGUCUGAUUGCAUAUUUUGGCGAAAAAAGAAAAAAAACCCAGAACAUUAUUCCAAAGUAAUUAUCUUGUGUCUGCUAAAAACUGUAGACUUAAGGGUUUCAUUAGAGUAUUUCAAAACUGAUGCAAAUUCUGAUUAGCUGAUAUAAUGAUAGUUUGUUUCCUUUUUCGGAUAUUGUUCUUAUGCAUGUGCUAUAUUUUAUAAUCCUAUUUCUAUAGCGUCUGAAGUGGAUGGUUUUGAACCAAAUCGUACUUUAAUGCUGUGGAGUGAAAAUUUUGUUGUUCCUCUCUUCUUGCCCAGUUCCUGUACAGUUUACAGAAGUGCCACAGAAUAUAACAGUUAAUACGUCAACCCCUCUGUUUUUGAAUUGUGAUGCGACGGGUUUUCCUGAACCUAAGAUAAGGUGGGAAAAAUCUGGGAUUCAUUUGUGUGGCACCAAACAGCUGAACAUCUCCAGUAGUAGCACGAACGAUGCUGGAGAAUAUGUGUGCAUCGCAAGCAAUGGUGUGAGACAGGAAAAGACAGUAAGAGCUUAUGUCACCGUGCAAUGUAAGUAUUUUCUCAGUAUUUUAUAAAAAGCUGCCUCUGCUGCUGAAUCCAUGAUAUAUUCCAACCGAUAUUUAGCAACACCAUAUCAAAUGGUCACCCUGUAUCUAGUUAUCAAAGUCCCAAUUUUUUUUCUCCUUAAAUUGAUGUCAUUUUGAUAAGAAAGAAAAAUUGUGUAUACUUUCAAACUACAGCAUUUCAGGAAACGCGUGUACUUAUAUAUAUACAUGUAUAAAUUUACCAAAACAUACCCAAAAAGAUAACAAACUCAAAGUCAAUAUCCAAGAAAAAACCCUUUCAAAUUGAAAAUUUCCCCAGCCUCACCCCACCCUAAGCCAAAACGAUCUGGCCUUCUAGGAAGGACGCUUCAAAGCAUGGCCUCUGACUCUAAGUUAAUGGACAAAGACGAAACUAAUUUAGCCUAAUUAGAACUCAACUCAAAAAGGAAAUCCCCCCCUGAGCUUUCCAUAAAAAGACAUUUGCAUCUCACUCUAGAAUAAGGUGGUGGCUGAGCAGCAUGCUGGGGUUAAGCCCCCCGCAUUUUCUUCAGCAAGGCUGGCUUGAAGGUAUACAUUGAAAACCUAGUCAUCAGGUUUUUUGCAGCCCUUCUUAAGCCUGCUGAUUUGGUCUUUCAACCACCCUCCACACACGGGGUGUUCAUCCACUAGCUGAGCUCUGGCAGGGGAUGAACCGACAGUCAAUCUUGUAACAUACAUGUUGCAGGCAUGUUUUUGCAAAUCCAAUCAAAUAUAUAUAUACAUAUAUAUAUAUAUAUAUAUAUAUAUAUAUAUAUAUAUAUAUAUAUAUAAACCCCUGAAGAGUGAAGCGAUUCACGAAACAGGCUUGUCGGGAAAUGUAGUUGCGUCCCUGUUUCCCUCUCAUAAUAUUUAUUCUGCUCUGCUUCAACGUAUUGAGCACUGUUGCACGCGAAAAUCGACUUGCAGACUUCCUAUAUAUAUAAAUAUAUAUAUAUGUAUAUAUGUAUGCAUAUAUACAUAUAUAUAAUUAUCUUGUUAGACGUUUUGGUGUGGAGUUUUACGCGUUGUGCCAUGUUUUGACAAGCGUGAAGGGCAGGUCAAGUAAAAAUACUCAUCGAUACUACACACCAAAACGUCUAGUCAGUAAUUUAUUAUGUAAAUGUUUUAUUUUAUGCGUAUUUCUUAUCAGGCGGGAAAAGCUUAGCAGAUAGAGAAGCAUAGGACACAUAGCCGACCAGUUGAACAGGUUUCAAAACAAAAAGCUGUCUAACUAUGGCAAGAUUUUUUUACUCAAUUUGUGCAUUAUUUGUACUCUACUAAGCGCAGAUGGAUAGUAAAUAUGUUUUUCACCAGUCGAGAGGUCCCAAGAGGAAAAACUCUGCCCGAAGUCUUUUUUAAAAUUUUUUAUACGGCCGUCUAUUGGACCCAGUUCACAUGGGGAAACAAUUGCAUAUACCAUUCCUCUCGCAGCUGUAUUCAGAAGCAUAAACAUAUCGAUAAUAUGCUUCUGCUUUGUUUUAUUGAGGAAGUGGUCCGAUGUUUGGUGAGACAAAGCGUAUCCUGUAUUUUGAGCAAGUCGAGUAGACAGCAUUAAAACAAAUUGAUGAAAAAUUACCAUGUCAAAAAACUGCAGCUCACUCUUUUCGCAAUAGAACCAAAUUCAUGAAACCUGCAAGUUUGUGUGCAUCACACUUAAGCGGUCCGUAAUUUCUUAAAAGUUUGACGGGUUCUCAUAUAACAAUAUUGUCAAAAUCAAAUUACCGCGUCAGAAUUCAUGUAAACAUGAACAUCUCGGCUCAACUUCAAUUUAUUUUACGGAAAGGCCAAUACCCUAGUUCUUAGGAUAAAAUCACGCAUCUACGGGCAAAGUGCGUUUUUUCUAAAUGAGUAACAGGUAAAGUUAGUUAACUGAAGAGCAAAUGAUGGAAGCUUGCUUACACCGUUCGCUAUUAUUUGAAAUCCAUCUAGGCAAAACUGCUUGUCCAGAUUUCACGAAAAAGUAAUCCGUAAUUUAAUUUCUUUUGCCUUUACACCACCAAUAAGUUAAACAUUCCAAGCGAAAUAAUUUGUAGAAUUAAAACUUUCUGAAAUGUUGUUUAGGCAAUGAACAGGCGCGUAGGUUUUUAAACCACGAAUGCCAAAUAAUUUUACAUAAAGGCAAAUGGAUUAUUUUCCUUCAUCAAGUAGAAAUAAAUAACUCAAAGUGGAGCCUGUAUCAAACGGCGAUUGAUUUAAAAGUUUUCGCCCUUUUCUAGGCCUUAGCGCGGGAGAAAACCCAAAUAAGACCCAACUUUUCUCCUCUGCUUUCUCGGCUCCAUUUACGUCCGCGUUCCCUUUGUUGUUGACUUUCUUCGCUCUGUGUUCUGAAGCAUUUUGUCCUUCAUACUCACGUUCUGCACUAGAUAUUUGCCCUUUUACAUGAGCUUUUUCAUGUCCUCUUUUGCGUUCCUUUAGCUGUUUUCAUGCCCAUUUUUUUCAUGUCGUUUCUCGUUUUUUUACGUUUUUCCGACUCGCGCAUACCUAUUACUACUUCUCCCCUUUUCCUGCCUAUGUUCACUGAAAUCCGGUUACCACAACUUAAAUUAAAAUGAUUUCAUCUGGUAGACAUAGCUUAAACUAUAAGUGUUGUUGCUUGCAAGUAUAUUGAUUAGAAUUGCAAAAUACUUUAAUCAGUUGAGUUUUUUAUUUUUAUUUUUAAUAAUCAGCACUAUAUAUUUUGGUCGUACGAUCAAAUUUUCCGGCUUGAUUGGUUACGGUUAUUACUACUACUGAGUCAGUGAAAGUCCCAUUGAUUAGUUCAAUUUUAAACAAACACCUCACGUUUUAAUUUUCUAAGCUAUUUUUUGUGAAGGAGUGAAAUUAGUUGCAAACGGUUUUUUAGGCUGCGAAUCAAUCUAUUUAAUGACACAAUUUUUCUACCAAAAAUUUAUUUCUAAACCAAUACUUUGCUGCCAUUUAAAGCGAUUUGGGAAGAGAGAGGAAAGAGAGGAUUAAUGAGUUAUUUAUCGGCUUGAGGUCGUGGCCCGCGUCUUUCCUUAAAAAUUAAUGCACAGCCAGCAAAACCAGAUUUAUUUACGAAGAAUGGCAACGUCGGUACGGAUGACUCUACGUGCCGUGCCAGUGGGAAGGGAUAGGAAAAUACGGACCGCGCUAAGUACCCAUCAUAUUGCAGGAUUCGUCACUGUGCCCUUUGAGAAAAAAAUUAAUACCCCCUAUACUAGCUGGUUGCAAAGUAAUUUUUCCCAGCCCUGAAGAGGCGAGAAAAAAUAUGAGCAAUGAGCAAAUUUCCGCCCGUAUUUUAUGUUAAAACAUCGAAUAAGGAUUUUUUUAUUCCACUAUCAUUUUCAGGUUUUAGUAUUUUAAUUUUAGUAUAGGAAUUGCAUCCCACAGCCUUAUCUGUACAACGUAUCGAUCGCAUAAGGUGUAUGCGAGAGACGAAAACAACUUGAACUAAACUCUUAAGGGUUCUUUGUGGUCUUUAAGGGUUCUUUGUGGUCUUUCCUCCUUUAAAGUUCGCUUCUUUAACAGUCAAAUUUAAAAAGUAGACCAAAAAAGUUAAACUUUGGAUAGUUCAGUGCGGCCAAUAUUCUGCCACGUAUUUUUGCCUUGUUUUAAUAUAUGCGGCAUAUUUUGCUAUUCAUGACAAAGUAGUGGAAUGACAAGGCUCGUCAAUGUUCUGAUCGAUAUGAAGUAUCACCAAUUAUUUAUUCAAUUGCUUAUUACAUUUUUACUUAUUCUUAGACCCGCCCACAAUUCAAAAUGUCACCACGUCAUCUAAGAAGUCUUGGAUUGGCCAGACAGUGACUUUGAAAUGUCUUUCUGAUGGUCUUCCUACACCAACGCUCUCUUGGUACAAACCUGAAGGAAGUGAAAUAAACAGAGUCAGAGCAAGAGAAAACAAAGUACAAGUACCACUCAGGGGUGAUGAAGAUUUUGGUCAUUACAAGUGCAUUGCUGCCAAUGGAAUUAUUCCAUCUCAUGAGAAAUUAAUAAAGAUAAAUCAGAUAAGUAAGUAA